GUUUUAGCGGGAGCAAUUGGUGACUGUGUCACUGAUCAGUUUUCAAUAUCUGCCCCUGGAAGCAGAGGGUCUCCUAUAAUUUGUGGUUUCAACACCGGCCAACAUCUUAUUGUGGAUGCCAGUGAUCAAUGCCAUGUGGUGUCAUUCAGUUUAAGCACAACACCAGCUGCAACUAGAUCUUGGGACAUCAAGGUGACUCAAUUCACUUGCAGUGAAGAAGUGGGAGGACCUGCAGGAUGUUUGCAAUUUUUCAUGGGAGUGUCUGGAACCAUUUCAAAUUUUAAUUUCCCGGCAAGUAUGACAGUUUCACCUGAGACUACUCAUCUAUCGAAUCAACACUUCAAGCUCUGCAUUCGGAGAGAAUCUGGAUAUUGUUCCAUUUGCUAUGCACCGUUUUCGUCAGGAUCCGAACCUGACGUUGAGUUCACUUUUGGAUUGUCUGCAGCUGCCAGCCCAACGGAAAUAGGCUGCUUAACGGAUUACCUUGUCAUUCCGGCUGGUGUUGACACGAAAAUGGAUGGAGAUUUAGAAGCCACGGAUAUGUCAAACGCGCAAAGAAUUUGUGGUAUUGCUUUUUCCAUUGACGAACCAACUUCGGUUUCAAUCUGUUCAAGAAGUGCACCUUUCUUCGUUGAGUUCAAAUCUGAUGGUGAUGAAGCUCCUUUGGAGGAGAAUGGAAGCGUUGGUUUCAGUUUAAAUUACCAGCAAAUGGUCUGUCCCUAAUGAAAAUGAUAUCAACUAUUUUCACUUUCUUUUCAAUGGCUCUAGAAUAAAUCGUGGUACUUGUUUUUUUUUCUCCAUCUCUGCAAAA